AUGGCGCCAGUGCCUUCCAAACAAAUUCGCCCACUGCUUUACUUCACCAUCCUCUCCGUCUCUUCUCUCGUGCUGUUUUCCCUUUUAUCCAUUCCGAAGGCCCAAAUCCCGACCCGAUUCCACAAAAUUCCCGGUCCGAACCCUGGCCCGAACUUAACAUUCAUCAUCAAAGUCCUCACCUUCAACCGGCUCUCUUCUCUCUCCCGGUGUCUCAACUCUCUCUCUAAAGCCCGCUACGAUGCCGGCGAUAAAGUUCAUCUCCACAUAUUCAUCGACCAUUUCCAGCAAGAUCCCCAGAAAACUGACUCUGUCGAUUUGGAUCAGAAGCUGAAACUCUCCAAGCGGAUCGUUGAUUUCGUGGAUGGCUUUGGCUGGGAAUUUGGAGAGAAGUUGGUGCAUUAUAGGACUUCCAACGCUGGGCUUCAGGCCCAGUGGCUUGAGGCGUGGUGGCCCGCCUCCGAUCAUGAGUUUGCUUUCGUCGUUGAGGAUGAUCUGGAGGUUUCUCCUCUUUAUUAUAGGUUCCUGAAAGCUGUGAUAUUGAAUUAUUAUUAUAAUGCAUCAAGUUUUAGUCCUUCCAUAUUUGGAGCAUCAUUGCAAAGGCCUAGAUUUGUGCCAGGUAAACAUGGAAACAAGAUGCACUUAGAUGGUGAAGCUAGGAUUUUCUUGUACCAGCUAGUUGGCACCUGGGGCCAGCUUCUCUUUCCAAGACCCUGGAAAGAGUUUCGACUGUGGUAUGACAUACACAAAGCUAAAGGCAUGAGGCCGUUCUUAGAUGGAAUGGUGACAACCGGAUGGUACAACAAGCUUGGCGAGAAAAUUUGGACCCCCUGGUUUAUUAAAUUCAUCCAUUCUCGUGGGUACUUUAAUAUCUAUACUAAUUUUCUUCAUGAGAGGGCACUCAGCAUCUCUCAUAGGGACGCUGGUGUGAAUUAUGGAAAAACAGCAGGGCCAGAUUCAUACUUACUGGAUGAAAGCUCUAUUGAUUUUAACUUGAUGGAUCUUUACCCUCUGAACAGUCUCAAGUGGUAUGACUUCUGUUUUAGGGAAGUACUCCGCAAUAGAAUUGUGAGGAGCUCGAAUGACUAUGAAUCCAUCAUUGAAACUGUACAGAAAAACAACUCUAUUAUACUAUUGAGUGUGUACAGAAAGCCGGAAAUGAUUAUAAGGAAUAUUCUCUGCCACUUUGAGAAGCUGAACAUACAGAACUAUCUCUUAAUCGGCCCGACUUCGGAUUUUCUUCUCGAUCUUGCUAGAAGGGGAAAUCCAGUAGUAGAUGCAAGCGAGUUUUUAGACUUUAGUCAGCUUGCCAAGUCCAUUAAUUAUCAAGUUUCGACUUUGGAGCUGAUCAAAGAGACUCUAGUUAAGGCAUAUGCUGCGAAAAAGAGUCUCGAACUAGGUUACGAUACAUGGUUGCUAGAUGCUAGCACGAUUCCGAUAAGUGGUGACUCAUUUCUCGAUUCCUUUGACCGUUCAAGUGACUUUUAUCUUGGGAAGAGUACUCAACUUCUAUUUUUCAGGGGCUCGUCAUCUGCUUCUAAGAUUUGGAACGACAAUUCCUUGUACGAUAUUGCUUCACUAGUGGAUCCACUAAUAAAAGAUUCAGUUUCUCACGACUCAGUUAUUUUCCAUGCAACUGAGAAAAUACUAAACAAGCAGAAAGUAAAAGUUAGCAGUGUUGAUGAUAUGCAGCUUGCUUUUGACAUCAGCGUUGUCCAUGCUAACCGGACUUUGGUGAGGAUGAAAAAUAAAUUUAUAUUCUGGUCUUCUGAAGAGGAACUGGAUAAAGUACGAAGGAAACUAACAGAACUCGACAUGUGGGUUGUGGACAGUGAUUUUUCAUGUACUGGGGUCUUCUGUCACCAGUCGUAG